AUGGCAAUAACGCAGACUCCAGAUCACAUUGCGGUGUCACCAGGAGGUUCGGUCACCAUCACAUGUAAACUGAGUUCUUCUACCAGCUACUUAAGUUGCUACUUAAGUUGGUACCAACUGAUAUCUGGACAAUCACUGAAACCUCUUAUCUAUAAAACAAACCAGAGAUACUCUGGGAUCUCAGAGCGGUUCAGUGGUUCUAAAUCGGGAAAUGAUUUCACCUUAACAAUCAGCAAAGUAGAAGAACAAGAUGAAGCCAUAUAUUGCUGUCACUAUACCGGUAAUACACCAUUCACACAGUGA